UUAAUCAAUCUAUAUUAGAAGUUUUACUUUAUGAUUAAUGCAGCUGUCACUUGUGAACAAAUCAAAGAUGGAGAUGCUGUAAAUCCUCAAAUGUCACUUCCAAAUAUGCUGUAUUGUGUAGUUCCAUUAGAUUGGUGUCCUCAUUUGGAGAGGUUACAACCUAUGCCACCUGAGGGCCUUAAUCCUCAAACUCCGUGUGAAACAUGUGGGGAUCCGAGAGAAAAUUGGGUUUGUUUACAUUGUUAUCAGGUACAUUGUGGACGUUAUGUCAAUCAGCACAUGAUCCAACAUGGGCUAGAAUGUCACCAUCAGCUAACAUUGAGCUACUCAGAUCUUUCAGUGUGGUGCUACGAAUGUGAGGAAUAUAUACACAAUGAAGUUCUACUGCCCUUUAAACGAGAUGCGCACUGGAAAAAAUUUGGAGAAAUGAUGCUAGGAACGGAGUGACGGGUUGAAGUGAUGGAUAUAACAACUUGGAAAUGUCCUUCUUUUAGUGUGCGCUUUAAUAUGUACAGUUUAAUAUGCUAAUUUUCUAUGUAUUAUCAUUUCUCUUAUUCAUAGGAAUAAUUGACUUGAUUUUAUCAAAUAAUUUAGCUCUCUGUACCAUCUUGCUUUUACUCUUGUGGAAAAGAAAAAAAAGAGUAUACUUUUUCCACUUUGGGACUAAAUAAUAUAAUUAACAAUAAUGAUGAAGCAAAUUCUUCAGAAUGAUUGUGCGUGACGUAAUCUUCGCUAUUCUUUCACAUUUUUUUUUGUAAUUUCAGAGAGUGUGAUCAUUUCUUUAACCAGUUCUCGGUAUGGCUGCUUCUACUACUUAAGAGUAUCUUAAGAGUUGACGUGCCAUAAAGUGUUAACUACUUUCAUUGUCCGAAACAUUUUGGACGCAGCUAGUAAUUGUUGUGUAGUGAAAAACUUUUAAUAUGUUGUCUUUAGAAAGCAUUUUAACUUGGUAUAUGACUUGUGAUGUGUGUGUGUAUAUAUAGAUUAAAUGUGCUUUUUGUCAGAUUUUUAUGGUAUAACUAAUACAGAGAUGUGGGUAAAACAAGGUGAUGAUUGUUAUAUAUAUUUUUUUAAAUUGUCACAGAAUUGUUUUUUAGUGAAAAAUUUAAUCAAAUUUAGAAAAUAAUUUUCAUUUGACUUUUUACUUAAAGUUCUUUAGUGUAACAGAUUUUUUCAGCUUCUCCGGUAUAUAUAUUGUUAGCCCUGCGGUUACUAGAAUGUAGAGCCUUUCUGUAGAGUUUGUUACCAUGACAAUGUUCUUUCUGUGCUUUCUGAUAAAAUAUAUCUCCCCCAAAA